CUUCGACAGCAGGCGGCCAUCCUUUGGUAUCAACCCAGCACGGACAGAGUCAUCGAAGCUCUCUCCUGCGUCUUCAAUCCUUUAUACCGUUCUCAUCCCGGCCUGGGCGGCCUUCUCUCCUCACAUAAACCGCCCAGCAUGGCCCAUAAGGACACGCUCUUCCGCUCGGCGGGCAUGUCCCUGACCCAGCUCUACAUCUCUAACGAUAUUGGCCGCGAAGUCGUCUCUGCCCUGGGAGAGAUCGGUGUAGUACAGUUCCGGGACCUCAAUGCGGAGACCACUGCCUUCCAACGCACCUUUACCAAAGAGAUUCGCCGCCUCGAUAAUGUCGAACGGCAGCUGCGGUAUUUUCACUCCCAGAUGGACAAAGCAGGCAUUCAGAUGCGAAGCCAUUGGGAGUUUGACCAAGACAUGCUCGCUGCACCUCAGGCCAGCGAGAUUGACGAGCUUGCCGAGCGAUCGGAGACCCUAGAGCAUCGAGUCAGCAGCUUGAACGAGAGCUACGAGACGCUCAAGAAAAGGGAAGUCGAAUUGACAGAGUGGCGUUGGGUCCUGAAAGAGGCGGGUGGUUUCUUUGACCGAGCACAUGGACAGAGCGACGAUAUCAGACAAAGCAUGGAUGAUGAUGAUGCUCCUCUCCUCCGCAACACUGAGGCUGAGGAAGGCAGAGCUAAUGGCGAUGUCGGCCAACAGCAGAGCUUUGCGGUGAUGAAUAUUGGCUUUGUGGCAGGCGUCAUUCGUCGCGAAAGGCUGCCGGCUUUCGAACGUAUCUUGUGGAGGACACUGCGUGGCAAUCUCUACAUGAACCAGUCCGAAAUUCCUGAACCGAUCAUCGACCCUGAAACGAACGAGGAGAUCAGGAAGAACGUCUUCGUCAUCUUCGCCCAUGGCAAGGAAAUCAUUGCAAAGAUUCGAAAGAUCUCCGAGUCCCUCGGUGCAGACCUCUACAGCGUUGACGAGAACGCCGAUAUCCGACGAGACCAAAUUCACGAAGUCAACACUCGUCUCAGCGAUCUUGCCAGCGUCCUGCGGAAUACAAAGAACACUCUCGAUGCCGAACUUACGGCCAUCGCCCGAUCCCUCGCAGCAUGGUUGAUCGUGAUCAAGAAAGAGAAGGCUGUCUACAAUGCGCUGAAUAUGUGCUCAUACGAUCAUGCAAGGAAGACUUUGAUUGCCGAAGCUUGGUGCCCUACAAACUCUCUGCCUCAAAUCAGAGCUACCUUGCAAGAUGUCAAUGACCGUGCUGGCCUUUCCGUCCCUACCAUUGUCAACCAGAUCAAGACCAACAAGACUCCGCCGACAUACAACAAGACGAAUAAGUUUACGGAGGGCUUCCAAACCAUCAUCAAUGCGUAUGGUACUGCCAAGUAUCAGGAAGUCAACCCUGGCCUUUACACAAUCGUCACGUUCCCGUUCUUGUUCGCUGUCAUGUUCGGCGACUUUGGUCACGGAAGCUUGAUGGCCAUGGCUGCUACUGCAAUGAUUUACUGGGAGAAGCCGCUUCAAAGAUCCAAGCAAGACGAACUCUUUGCCAUGGCUUUCUACGGCCGAUACAUCAUGUUAAUGAUGGGUAUCUUCUCCAUGUACACCGGUUUGGUCUACAACGACGUCUUUUCAAAAGGUUUCACACCGUUUGCCUCCGCUUGGGAGUAUCCCGAAGACGGGCGACCUGAGGUCACCGCCCACCUCAAGGGCAGUUACCGAUAUCCCUUCGGCCUUGACUGGGCAUGGCAUGGUUCCGAGAACGACCUUCUUUUCAGCAACAGUUUGAAGAUGAAGUUGUCUAUUCUGAUGGGUUGGGCACAUAUGACCUAUGCUCUGUGCUUCUCCUAUGUCAACGCUAGACAUUUCAAGUCACCUAUUGACAUUUGGGGCAAUUUCUUGCCCGGCAUGAUUUUCUUCCAAAGUAUCUUCGGAUACCUGAGUUUCUGCAUUGUCUACAAAUGGUCGAUCGACUGGGCAGCUGAAGGCAGGAGCCCUCCGUCACUGCUCAAUAUGUUGAUUCAGAUGUUUUUGGCGCCGGGUACUGUGGAGAAAGGCGAACAGCUGUACAGCGGUCAAGCAGGGGUUCAGGUCGUUCUUGUUCUCGUCGCUGUCAUUAACGUGCCGAUCCUUCUGCUCUUAAAGCCACUCUACCUACGUUACCAACACAACAAGACAGCAGCAAAGGGCUAUCGUGGUAUAGGCGACACGAGCCGCGUCACUCAUGCUACGGAUCUUGAUGAUGACGAUGAGAACACUAGUCAUCGUGCAAACGGCCGUCCAAGUGAAGACCACGACGAUGAGGGAGCAAUGAUCACCGAGAAUAUUGGCGAAGAUGAACAUGAAGAGUUUGAAUUUUCUGAAGUCAUGAUCCAUCAGACCAUCCAUACGAUCGAAUUCUGUCUCAACUGUGUGUCCCACACAGCUUCAUAUUUGCGUCUAUGGGCUCUCUCGCUUGCUCAUCAGCAGCUGUCCGUCGUCUUGUGGACCAUGACGCUCGGCAACGCUUUUGGCAUGAAAGGCGCUGCACAGGUCCCGAUGAUCAUCAUUACCUUCUAUUUCUGGUUCGUCUUGACUAUUGCUGUGCUGUGUGUCAUGGAGGGCACAUCUGCAAUGUUGCACAGUUUGCGUCUGCAUUGGGUCGAGGCCAUGAGUAAACACUUCAUUGGGGAGGGUGUACCAUUUGAGCCAUUCAGCUUCAAGCUGUUACUCGAGGAGGAACCUGUUGACUGAACGAGGUCGCUCCCAGCACAGUCAGGCAAGAGAACUUGGCGACUAUAAAUGUAUUGGUAGAUAGACGAUAAUCGAGUUUCAAUGAAACUGAUCAUUGAUUAACAUAGCUUGCUCAUGCUUUCUGUUGAGGGCUGGUCUUUCAUGCCACUGUCUACCGCCAGCGAGACUGCAUCUGUCGGGAAGAAUGGUUAUGUGCCUUGGGACCUAUCGAAUACCACACUUGAAAUUGAGCAAGGAAAGAAUCC